CGCACACCACUACCUUUCGCGCCGCCAUGACUGCCAUUGCCGCGACCGAUGCGCUCACCGGGCUGCGCACGCCCUUCGUCGUCGAGCGCGUGACGAUUCCGCCUUCCGAUCUCGACCCGUCGCUCAAGCUGCGCGUCAUGGUGCACCACUCUGGGCGCAAGCCGGGCGCACGCCCACUGCUGCUGCUGCACGGCCACCCGCAGUCUAGCAUCAUCUGGCGCGAUGUGGCGCCGGCGCUGGUGGAUGACGGCUGGCACGUUGUGGCGAUGGACUUGCGCGGUCAUGGCGGCAGUGAUGCGCCGCCGGUCCGCACGCGUGAUGGAAAGGACGAGCCGCCGGCCGAGGAGGGCAAGUGGCGCUACAGCAAGCGCGAGAUGGCGCGCGACUGUAUCGAGGUCAUGAAGCACUACGGCCACGAGUCGUUCUGGGUCGUGGCACACGACCGCGGCGCACGUGUGGCGCACCGCCUGAGCCUGGACCACCCCGAGGCGGUCAAGAAGAUGAUUCUGCUGGACAUUGCACCCACGCUGCCGAUGUACGAGAAGACCGACGUGCGCUUCGCGGGCUACUACUACCAUUGGUUCAUGCUCAUCCAGCCGUUUGGCCUUCCAGAGGGACUGAUCACCGGCGCGCCCGAGGCGUACAUCCAGCGGCAGAUGGUGCUGCGGCCCGGCAGCGAGGCCGUCUUCUCGCCCGACGUCAUUGCCACGUAUGUCGCCUCUGUCGGAUCCUGGGAACACGCACACGCCAUGGCCGAGGACUACCGUGCCUCGUCGCCGCUCGGGCCCGACCUCGAGCUGGACCGCAAGGACCGCGAGGCGGGACGCAAGGUGCAGACGCCGACUCGCGUGCUGUGGGGCGCAAAGGGCAUCAUUGGCUCGCUCUUCAAUGGCCUGGAGCUGUGGAAAGAGGCGUGCGUCGAUGUCGAUGGCCACGCCACGGAGAGUGGGCACUACAUCCCAGAGGAGCGUCCGGAGGAGAUCAUCAACGAGGUGCGCAGCUUCUUCUAGGCGGCCUCUCAUUGCUGCCAGCAAUGCCAUCAGAUCGAAACGAGCUAG